AAGUCCGAGCCUGUGUUUGUAUUUAGCAAAUGGUUGUGCAUUGAGAAGGAUUUAAAAAUAGAAAAAGACAACAUGGAAAGGGGUGAAUGCUGCUGCAGCUUCUCUGCUGGCUGUGAAUUUAACACAUCCAAUUAUAACGAGAGAGAGAGAGCGCUAUGCAUGCCAUUGAGACCCCCCCUUGGGUGGAAGGCUGGGGAGUGGGACUGUCAGUAGCUGAAGGGACAGGAGACAGGGAGCAUAUGGCACAAACAUCAAGUCAUAUUGUGUGGAACGUUAACGAUGGAGAAGAGCAUGUGACCUUCCCUCCAGUGCCUCCAUGCCUGUUCAUUAAAAGUUCUGCGGCUCCGCUGGAGAGAUGAUUGUAAAUAGCCUGGACAAUGGCAACGGGCCUGAGUGGAGACACUUGCCAUGAAUUCACUACCAAUGAGUUUGCCAGGGAGGCCAGACACACACAACUGGGCUUGCCCCUUACUUUGGACUGAGUUCUGCCCCGUUUUUGGAUAACAAUGCCUUAUCUGUCAGCACCCAAUUAGGAGGUGGAACGGCAAACCCACUGCUGCCUUCUCCUGCCAGUCUUCAGCUCGCCCAGCUCCAGGCUCAGCUCACUCUGCAGAGGAUAAAAUUGGCACACACUGCGGUGACAAGUAACUCGGCUGCUGCCGCUACGGUCCUCAACCAGGUCCUUUCUAAAGUGGCCAUGUCCCAGCCUUUUUUUAACCCUUUAAGAAAUGCAGCAAUGAUUGGAGCACAUAGUCACGCUGGGAUGAACCCUCUAGGGUCUGCCUUGUCUAACGCUAGGCUUCCUCCAAGUGGAUUACCAUUUUCUACCCACAAUUCUCCUCUGGCCCCAAAUCAUGCUCACAAUGUAAACUCCAUGCAAGCUUUUGGAAAGGGUGGUAAUAAGCCUGUGGGUUUUUUCCCAGGGUCCCAGGCCUUUGCUUCAGAUACAGACCCUUCUGGUUACCAUGGCUUAAUGCUGGGAAGCUCAGUUACCGGAGCAGCUUCUGAUGGUCACUAUGGUCCCAAGCAUGAUCAUCUACCUGGGUUUAAAAAAGACUUUUAUGAUUCCCAUGGUCAGUAUCGCCCCCAGAAAGGCCCAAACAACCAGUGGGAAUCACCUCGCAUGUGGCAGUCUCCCAGCUCACAUUAUGAGGGCAGAAAUGAGCUGUACAAUCCAGAGGAACCAACUCCAGACACCAAAUUCAGUCCUUCCAGUUCUCCAACGUUUGUCAGACACAACAAUGGAAAGAUCCCAAACUCCACUAUGAAAAACCUUCAGCCUCAUGAACUCAAUGACUUUCAUGGCAUUACACCUCAACACCUUCCACAUAUCUGCACUAUGUGUGAUAAAAAGGUCUUCAAUCUGAAGGACUGGGAGCUACAUAUAAAAGGCAGGAUGCACAUUCAGAAUAUGAUGAGCUUCUCUGAAACAAUGGGUCUGCACCCUGUGUCAGCUGAUGGGCCUGUGAGCAGUGAGUUUGAUCCUGUUAGUAAUGAAGCUGUUUCUUAUCUUCAGCCUGGACUUGCUUUCUCUGCAUCUACAGUGGGGGCCAAGAACAAAUCCGCCAUUGGCCGUGUUGUGCAUAUUUGUAACAUCCCUGAAGGAAGCUGCAAUGAGAAUGAUGUUAUCAACCUGGGACUGCCUUUUGGAAAAGUCACCAACUACAUCCUUAUGAAGUCAACCAAUCAGGCAUUUCUGGAAAUGGCAUAUACAGAGGCAGCAGAAGCCAUGGUACAGUUCUACCAGGAGAAACCUGCAAUGAUAAAUGAUGAGAAACUUCUUAUCCGCAUGUCAAAGCGCUACAAGGAACUGCAGCUCAAGAAACCAGGGAAAAAUGUUGAUGCUGUUAUCUACGACAUCCAUUCACAGAGGGAAAGAGACAUGUUUCGAGACACAGACAGGUAUCGAAAUGAAAGGGAAAGAUCUCGAAGCCCAGUAAGUCGCUCUUUGUCCCCAAGGUCCCACACCCCAAGUUUCACUUCAUGCAGUUCCACCCACAGCCCAUUAAGUGCAUCAAGAGCAGAAUGGGCAAAUGGCAGGGAGGCUUGGGACCAAUCAGCUUAUGGGAGACGAGAAGAAGAGCGAGAGCAGGGUACAUGGAGAGACAGCGGCGAGGAGAAGAAAGACAGGACAGAUCACUGGGUGCACGAUCGCAAACAUUACUCCUGGCAGCUUGACAAGCAAGAGUUGGACGAUCGUAUGGAUGGACCUAGAGGCCACAGGGAGAAAUAUGGAAACUCUCACUCAUCAUCCAGAUAUAAAAGCAGAGAUGGGGAAUAUUAUAGAAAGGAGGCAAAGACAAAGAUAGAGGGAAUGCUCCAAGAUACAGCAGAGAAAUCCAAGAGAAAGGACGAGUCUAGAACUCGAGAGGCCAGGGUGAGCAGCGACGACACAAGCAAGAAAGAGAUACGUGAAACAUCACCAAGUCGAGAGGCUGAAGGCAGCAAAGAGAAGGAGGCAAAUAAAAAACAAACAGACAGCCCUAACAAGCAGCCAGAGGAGGAAAGUGCAGCCAAAGAAAAUGCAUUCAAAGAAAAGGAUGAACAAAAAGAUGAAACAAUGGACCAUAAUUCUGUAUCACCCAAACAUGCGGAGACGUCAGAGGAACCACAAGCUCCUAUUAAACAAAAGGAGGAUGAGUGGGAAAGCGGGAGUGAGGUGGAAGGUGAACCUUGGUACCCAACGAACAUGGAGGAGCUUGUGACUGUAGACGAAGUUGGUGAAGAAGAUUUAAUCAUAGAACCAGAUAUCACAGAACUGGAAGAAAUUGUUCCUGUGCUCCCUAAGGACAAUGGCAGCUGCAUUCAGAUGUGCUCUCAUGGCAUCUGCUCUAUAGAUUUGGAAUGCAGUAGCCGGUUAACUAACAGUGCUUGUUCAUCUCCUCAUGAAGCCUCUAUAGCCAUGAGCUGUACCUCAAUAAGAGAAAGUGCCAGUCCUGAAAGUAGCUGCUGUGGGCCAAAUAUUCCGGAUGUAAGCCUUCAUUCUGAACAGAAAUCUGAGGAACUGGAGCAACAUGAAGCAGCAACAAGUCUUCAUGAGAAAGAAAGCCUAGCAGAGAGCUCUAGUAGUCCAAAUAAUUCAACAAACGUCCAAAGCUCUACCUAUAAGGAAGACAACAAUCUGGUUAAUUGCAUGGACUUGUGUAAGAGGAAGGACGUUAGAGACGAUGCGAAUGAGAAAAUGAGGGAUAUUCACACCCAAGAAGAAAGCUGUGAAAAGAGAGAGAGAGUUUCUGGUCAUUCUGUAUCAUCUGAAGUAAAAUCUGCUAAAAUACAAGAAAGUGAAUCGAAGGAGAGACAGUCGUCGCCUUCAUGGGAACAAGAAGAUGUGUUCAGCGAGCUCAGUAUCCCUCUAGGAGUGGAAUUUGUGGUGCCGAGAACUGGCUUUUUCUGCAAACUCUGCGGCAUCUUCUACACCAGCGAGGAAACUGCAAAGACAUCACAUUGUCGCAGUCGUGUGCACUACAGAAACCUACAGAAUUACUUGUCCAGACUGGCUGAAGGGUGCUCAGGAAAAAAUGAGACAGAGAAUAUGAUUUAUCAAGAAGAUGUUGGACUUGUCCCACAGUUUGAGAAGAACAGACCUUAAAGGAGAAACAUUAACAAGAUACAUGGACAAUAGUUGACCUAUCAGUUGCAGACAUAGUUUUAAAGAAGGAAAAGAGUUUUGCCAGAUGACAGAAGACAAGAUGUCUCUAACUGAGCCAGAUGGGGAGUGUACAGAGCUGCUUGUGUUAUGGAGGUACAAACAGAGUGUUACCCCAGUCUAAUAGGUACAUGCCCAGUGCAUGGCCUAAAGCACCAAUACAUUUUUAUAACUUCAUAAUAUACAAAAAUUCUUAAUUAUAAAAUGAAUCUUGCAGUUAUAGGUGCAAGUUGUAUUGCCCUAUUGAAUUGCCUGCUUAAGGCUUGGGGCUGCUCAAAGCCUCUGUACUAUAACAGCUCAGCUCAUUGGAAUGUUCUCCCCAUUUAUUAACCAUCAGAAUAUUUUGUUUCUUAAAUGGCUGUAGAACCAAGCAAUACACUUCUAUCUGGAUUUUAUCAGAAAACAGAGAGUAACAGUAGGCAACAUUUGGGAAGAUGAUAAUGAGUAGAGAGAAGAUACAUUAAGGAUACACGAUUCUGUGAAUAAUUUUGUGGAACACAUGUAUUUAUUUCAACAUAUGCUAUGAAUGCCAUGACUCCCUUUGCCAUUUGUGCCUGACACAUAAUGUAAGAUAGACUUUCCUUUGUAUCUGUCUCUCCCCGUAAUUUGAUGCAAGUCAAGUUUCCCAGUGAAUGGGUAUUUGCUGUCACUUCCACUUGUAGCUGAAGAUAUAGGAGUAUUACAAUCUAAGGAUAUAAGUGCCCCCUAUAUCUAGCAAUAGAGAUGCUCUCCCAUAAUGUAGUGUUGUAUCUGCAGCCUCUCUGUGCCUUCAACAUAAACUUUCACAACUGCUGCCUUAAACAGGGACUACUAUAUAUGUAACGAGAUGGGCAGCUUGUGGCUGCUCCCAUGUGUAGUUGAGAUACAACUCCCCAGUGUCCAGAUACUGUUGUUGAGUAUGGGUAAUUGCAGUUGAACAACACCUGGCGAGUCACAAGGGGUCCACUCCUUGUUUCUAAACUAUGAAUUCUCAGGGAUAUUUUUGAAUACACUGUAACUAAUCAGGGUCAGUGGUAUAAUAACUAGUGCGUGGAAGUGCACUGAAAGUGAUGUAAAGUUAGUUGCAGAUGUUAUAGCUGACAUAUUAGGUAUAUAUGGAAUUGCUAGUGUUUGUAUCACUGAGUGAUUAUAUAUAGAGAGAUAUUUAUCAAGACGGCUAAAUAUUAUAGUCCCACACCCACUACGAGAAAAGAAGUCUGUAAAAUGACUGCAUACAAAGACACUUACAAUACCAAAGGUAAAUCUAAGCUGUGGGCAGAGAAAAAUGGGGGUAAUAAGCAGCCUGUGGAAAUACGUGAUAAAUCCCAGGGCAGAACCAUAUAACCCACAGAUAAAAAAAGUCUUUUGUAUAAGUAAAAUAUAGUAUAUACGUUUGUUCUGCACACACAGGGGUAAGGCUUUACAUUUGUGUGUGUUUAAUUAUUUGUGUGUUUUAUUAUUUCUUCAUACGACUUAAAACUGUUAAUAGGGAAGCUCACCUUAAAAUCAGCAAUUACAUACUCAGACAAUCUGCAAUUGUUUUUUUUAAUUUUUUUUGGGACUUAUUAUCUGGAAUUCUCUCGACCCGGAGUUUCUAAAUAAGCAGUCUCUACCCCAUACCUUAAGGCUACUGAUAACUGUCAUAAAUUAAUUAACAUCAAGUGCAAAGUGCAGUCUUUAAUACAAAGAAAAAGUAAAUUGGUCAGAAAACCUGUUUAUUUAAAUCAGAAACAACUAAAACUGGCAUUGCCAUAUUUCAGAGCUCUCUGAACCACUGGUUUACAGAUAAUGGCUCGCUUGCCCUUAUUUAAAUUGGCAUGCAGUUGCCAGGAUAAGCUAGGGAGCAACCAGGCAGUGAUGUGAAUAACAGGGCUUGAUAAAAAAAAUAGCUUUGAUUUUACUUCUAGGGAUCACUGAUUCCUAAAACCAGAUUGCAUUUUAAAAUUGCUAGUCAAAGAGAGACGAACAGAAAGGCAAAUUAUUCAUAAAAGAAGAAGAAAAAUUGGGAGCUUCCAUCUACAACAACCUAAAAAAUGAAUUCCCCUUUAAGUAUGAAUAAUUAUUUGUGAUGUGCUUGCUUUAUAGCUCACUCCCUUUACAGCUAUAAAUGAGUGACCUGGUCCUGUUUGCACUGUCCAUGUUUGCAAAUUGCCUGUUGCAGAAAAUCUCAGGUACACUUUAAAGAGGUCCACUUUAUCUAAAAUUUCCCAGUUCAGAUAGAACUUUACAAGAUUUAAAGUAUUGCUCUAAAGCGUUCUACAAGCUCUACAGUACAAGGCGCAGUGUAAUCUAGAAAUCAUGUGUAUCCAUACUAUUCAAGCAGACAGAAGUCUCUUAACUUCUGGUGAGAAUUUGCACAGUACUGUGGGAAACACAGCAAGACAUGCACAUUGCCUGCCCCUGAACUGUACUACAUACACUGUGUUAUCUGGCUGCAAUACAUCUUACUGUAAUGAGGAAUACAUUAAGCCAUUAAAUGGGUAGUUCAUCUUUAAAUUAACUUUAAGUAUGUUACAGAAUGGCCUGUUCUUAUCAGCUUUUCUAUUGGUCUUCAUUUUUUAUUAUUUAUAGUUGUUGAAUUAUUUGGCUUACACUUCUGUCUUUAUUCAGUUCUCUGAUGGGGGGUCACUGACAUGGGCAGCUAAAAUACCUGCUCUGUGUGGCUUCAAUUUUGUUGUCACUUGUAAAUAAUUCUGAAACCAAAUUGUCUAAUAAUAAAUAACAAAACACUAAUAGAAAAGCAACGUAUUAGAUUUGGAAGUUGCACAUUUGAAUGAUAAACUGAUCACCUAGUAUAUAUUUAGAAAAGGGCAAUAAUUACACAAUAAGAGAUAACAAAACAUAUUUAAAAGUUCAUUUUAUUUCCAGCAAAAUAUGACAUCUUCCCAUGCGCCCUAUAGGCACAAACCCCAACAUUAUCAGAGGGGCAGUCACUAAAUAAUUAUAGGGUUAUGUAGGAGAAAGGGAUAAUGUUUGGCCAAUAUAUAUUACAAUGCCAUUGCAAUUAUUAAAAGAACUUGAUCUGAUUUGUUGCCGUUAAUUAUAAGGCUAGGGCAAGUUUUCCCUGUGUUUUUGCAAAACCCUUUUUGUUUGUAAAGCUGCAUAAUCCAUCCAUCGAGUUUGAGAACUGAAGAGAACUAAAUAACUGUACCACUGGCUGGAACACAUUGUCACCCAAUAACUUCUUUGUGAAUCCAAUGGUCUACGUACAUUAAUGUAACAUGAAAACUUCAUUGGAUCUGAUUAGACAGUGAGCAUAGCUCCAUCCUCCUGGUUAUAAGUGUGACAGUUUCUGCAAUCAUAUAGUAUUUGCCUUCGACACACUACGCACAAUGCCUAAAACAUUUAUUGAGUCAAAUAAACUGUAGCUUAUACACUUAGGGGCCAAUUCAUUAACUUCGGGUGAAGGAAUAGAAUAAAAAAAACAUCGAAUUUCGAAGUGUUUUUUUGGCUACUUCAA